GGAUCACUAAGAUGCUUGGAAAUGGUAGAAGAGGAUAUGCUAAUUAAGCGCCUCGAUAACACUGAUACGUACACACAUGGCUGAUGUAGAGGUAUCUGUACUGUUCUUUGCCAAAAGUCGUGAGUUAGCUGGUAAAAAGACAGCUCAAAUCAUCGUCGAAAGUCCAACCAAUCUUCAACAAUUGAUCAGUACUAUUGUGAGCCAAUUUCCCAGUUUACAGAUAAUAGCUGAUAAUUUGGUGGUAUCCAUUAACGAGGACUACCUACAGGCCGGACAGGAAGUACACCUGAACACAGGGGAUGAGGUCGCUGUAAUCCCGCCUAUCAGUGGAGGGUAGGAAGUAUUGAACUGGCACUGAGCAUACAGGAUGGACCAUGUAGAGGUGACGGAGGACAGGAUCAGUACCGACAACACAACCAGACUGGUCUCCUCACCUUCAUGUGGAGCCAUCUCUGUCUUCAUUGGAACAACAAGAGACAACUUUGAUGGGAAGAAGGUCUUGCGGCUUGAGUAUGAAGCAUAUGUCCCCAUGGCCAAGAAAAAGAUGAUGGAGAUCUGUCAACAGAUCCGAGAUAAAUGGAACAUACACAGAAUAGCCAUGAUACAUCGGAUUGGGGUGGUACCAGUGGAGGAAGCUAGCAUAGUGAUAGCUGUAUCAUCGCCACACAGGAAAGAAAGUCUAGAAGCUGUUGGCUAUGCUAUCGACACUGUCAAGGCAGUGGUACCGAUAUGGAAAAAGGAGAUCUAUGGGGACGAAAGUUCAGCCUGGAAGGAAAACAAAGAGUGUGCAUGGAAAGAUACUUCCUGAUAUCAGACUUGUUUCAGUUGAGCUGUGUGACAAGUUCCAAGUCAUAAGACCUUAAUUGGAAUGUAUUAAGGAAGAUUUGAAAUUAUCAUUGGAGAAAUGUUAUAUUUACUAAAACAAUGUAUCUGAAAUAUUAAACAGAGAAAAAGUAAAUGUAUCCAGA